UUAUCAUGAAAUAUGUGGUGCUAGACUAGACUGCUAAUGAGCCAUCCCAAGACAAACACGAAAAACCUAAGUCAGCGCUUUCAGACCACAGAGGCGGCCGGUUCAGCAAGGAACAGGACCAGAAACAGCACAGAACAUAAUGGGGAUCGUUGAAGAAGCUCACAACGUGAAGAUUUUGGGGUCCGGCGAGCGAAACAUAGUACUAGCCCAUGGCUUCGGCACCGACCAGUCGGUGUGGAAGAACCUUAUUCCUCACCUCCUCGACGACAACCACCGGGUCAUUUUGUACGAUAAUAUGGGCGCCGGUACCACCAACCCGGAUUACUUCGACUUCCAACGGUACUCGACGCUUGAGGGUUAUGCGUACGACUUACUUGCCAUUCUAGAAGAGCUUCAAGUUGAUUCCUGCAUUUUAGUGGCCCAUUCAGUCUCGGCCAUGGUCGGCGCCAUCGCCUCCAUCACUCGCCCCGAUCUCUUCUCUAAGAUCGUCAUGCUCAGCGGCUCCCCGAGGUACUUGAAUGAUUUGGAUUACUAUGGAGGGUUCGAGCAAGAAGAUCUAGACCAGCUAUUCGAAGCGAUGCGGUCAAACUACAAGGCAUGGUGCUCAGGGUUCGCCCCACUAGCUGUGGGCGGGGACAUGGACUCCGUUGCCGUCCAAGAAUUCAGCCGGACACUGUUCAACAUGAGGCCAGACAUAGCCCUGAGCGUGGCCCAGACCAUAUUCCAAAGCGACAUGAGACAAAUACUAGGCCUGGUCACCGUGCCCUGCCACAUAAUUCAGAGCAUGAAGGACUUGGCCGUGCCAGUCAUGGUGUCGGAAUACUUGCAUCAGAACCUCGGCGGUGAUUCCGUCGUGGAAGUCAUGUCAUCGGAUGGUCAUCUUCCCCAGUUGAGCUCGCCGGAUGUCGUGACGCCGGUGCUUCUUAGGCAUAUUCGUUUCGAUAUUGCUGGAUAAUUUUAGUGUUUGCAUUUGUUAUUAGUUUGAGUAAUGCUACAUAUCACUCAUUUGUCCUCUUUUUAUCUUUAUAAUUGAUGUAAUUUUUAAAAUUACCAAAUUUAUGAUAGAUCACUAUUGAAUUUUGAUUCAAUGGUGAUUUUAAAAGGCAUAUCAAAUUUGAGGGGAAAAAAAAAACAAAAGAGUGAUGUGUAGCCUUACUUUAUUAGUAUUGGAUUAAUUUGUUAUUGGACGAAAACAAGCCUCAAACCUGUUGUAGGUGGGUGGAUCAGACAGUACUAUCGUGGCACUAUAUUCAACACCUGGUCUCAUUUCUCUCAAGAGACCCCAGUAGGGGCAGAAUUUGAGCUAAUGAGCUACACUGGGGGCACAUAAUCCUAUUCUCUGUAGUACUCUUUGCGAUAAGUUGUUUUUUUUUUUU